AUGGCUGCGAUGGCAGGGUUGGCAUCGCCGAGGUCUGAAGGGUUGCCCUUCUUGGCCUCAUUCAAUUACAGGGCUCAAACCCCUACCUCCGAAGCGGGAGGGAGCAUUUCAACCUCCAGACCAUUUGGUGAUUGGCUGACGCGGUUGCCUAGUCUCUGUGAAUCUUCAUUAAACGCUGAUCCAGCCAGCAAAGAAGCCGAUGUAAAAGGUCUAGCCAAGAUUAUAAUUAAUGCUGGGGAAAGCUGUGCGUCAGACACAUAUAGUUACAUACUCGACGAGCUUGUCAAAUCUUAUACCGACGCACAUGCAGUUAAAGUGGUCACAGGAUGCAGUGCGUUUUAUGACAAUUCAAAGACUGCAGUUGAGGUAACUGUUGAAGAUUUGAGUUCUGAUCAUCUUGCCGACGCACAUAGAGGAUUGAUUCUUGGUUUCUCAUAUGCUGAUGAUUGCAAAAAUUCCUUUAGCUCAGCCCACCCUCCAAUAGCUUAUCCUGAUGGAUUGGCACAAAGGCAACGCGAUUUUCAGAAUCUAUGUGGUGUUGCUACUGAUAUUGUCCAAGUGAUUAGGACCUCAAAUCCUUAGAGAGACACCCUUGCAUGUAUCUGUCAUUGUGAGAUCACUUGGAUAGACUUUUUAUUAUAAUUUUGAUCUUCAUAGUAUCAUUUAUUGAUUA